AUGGAUUUUGCGCAGGAGCAACCCCGCCAAUAUGCGGACCACACGACUUUCCCAGACCUGAUGAACGAUUCUGCUUUUGCGACGAAUAACAAGGGGAAGGAAAGAGACUUUGAGGAACCAGAUACAUGUCGGAUUUGUCGCGGCGAAGGAACACUGGAGGAGCCACUGUUCUACCCUUGCAAAUGUAGCGGCAGCAUCAAGUUUGUUCAUCAGCCUUGCCUGGUAGAAUGGCUGUCGCAUUCCCAGAAGAAGCAUUGCGAGCUUUGCAAGACGCCUUUCCGAUUUACGAAGCUAUACGACCCGAACAUGCCUCGAAACCUCCCCGCGCCUCUGUUCUUGAAACAGCUAUUGAUCCAUAGCUUCCGCACCGUUGUUACAUGGCUACGAUUCAUCCUGGUUGCGUUUGUCUGGCUCGGGUGGCUUCCAUGGUCUAUGAGAGCAAUUUGGAGAGCACUGUUCUGGCUUGCAGAUGGCCACUGGUCCGGCGGUGAUGCCUCUCAACAGCUUCAAGCUCGGCAGUCUGCUGGGAACGAAACUACUUCCCUUGCAGCCGGAAUGACUACCUCAAACUUGCAGACUCCGAGUGCUCUCUUGUCAAAUGCAACGAAUUCAUCAUCAUUUUACUCGCCAAUGUCAUCCAUGUUCACUUUCCCCUCUGGUGACCCACUUCUGCUUACAGUCGCUAAGAAGGUGAUGUCCGCACUGUUCUUUCCAGCCAUGUCAUCGGCUGGUGGUUCAUCGAACUCACGGCCGUUGAACGUGACUACGGGACUGUAUAAGCACCGUCACCCCUCGUGGCUUUCGGACGUGAAGUUGCUCAACUCCUUGACGCCAUCGCCCACCAUCAACAAUAUUGUCAUCGACACCUUGGAGGGCCAGCUUAUCACCCUGCUCGUCGUCGUUUCGUUCAUACUCGUCUUUUUGAUCCGAGAAUGGGUUGUUCAACAGCAGCCAAUGGCCAAUAUUGCUGAUGGUGAACGCGAAGCCGCAGUGCAGUUAAUAGCGAAUAACCGUCCAAAUAGAAAUGACGACGGUCCAAGGCCUGAACCCCGGGCUCAUGUGCACCGUGCAGAUGUGUUAGGGGACGAGCGAGAGCAUAUGGAAGAGCACGGCUCCGAUCAUGAUGAUGUUGGUUUACACGAUAUUCAUUUUCCCCGGCCGACUCGCAGGCGUUCCCUUCAAAGCGGCGAAAGCGCGGAUUUGCCAGCCGCCGAGCCUGUGGGAAAAGCCGGUCCCGCAACCUUUUCAGAAAAUGGUAGUGAUAGCGACAAUGAAGCGAAUGCCAGCCAUUUGGCGAGAAGGUCGCCCACUCGAGUUAACCAGGGAGGUUGGGCUGGCGUUGAGACUUUCAGAGACCUCUGGUCCCGCGGCAAUGGUGACCCUGAGCAGAUUCUAAGAAUCAUUAGAGAAGACGGUCGGGAAGAGGAGCUUGGUUGGGUUGUCACAGCCAUGACGAGGCUUCAACAAAAUGACACCCCUCGAUUUUCUGAAGCUCGCUCCAGCUCCAGCACUCAAUGGGAUGACCUCGAGACCCCAGGAUAUCGAAGCGGGGCUUCUUCCUUAGAGUCUUCUCAUCUAGCUCCGUCUGGUCCCGCUGAAAUCUCAGACUCAGUGCCCACGUAUCGAGCUUGGGAUGCCGCGGACAUGCCCAAUUCAGCUUUUGAGACAGACUCGAGUACACAUCAUCAUGAAUUCACCUUUGGCUUCCCUGAAUUUGGGCCCCAGUCAGAAAUCAGUACAGGAAGUAAUCGUGAGGGACAGUUGAACGACACAAACAACGAUGAUGAGGUCUCAAGCAACCCACAGCCUGCGAGCCCACAAGACUUGCCGACCGUGGGUCAUGCAAAUGAUGAAACCGCACCGCGUGGCACUCAAGUUGACCUCCCUGCUGCCGCACCUCCAAGGAGCUUUGCUGCCAAAGCUUUUGAAUGGUUUUGGGCUGAUCUGGCACCACGUGAGCAGGAUCAGGAGCACCCUCCACGAGAUGAUGAGGAAGUGGUGGAAGAUCUUGCGGUAGAAGCACCAUUUGUACCAAUCCGUAACAACAGACGUCCUGCCAAUGAUAUGCAGCAAAAUCAGGGCAUUGCUGCGGACGCAGGAAUUGAUCCCAACGACCUGGAUGCUGUGGAAGAAGGUGACGAUCUAGAAGGAAUUCUCGAACUUAUCGGCAUGCAAGGCCCCAUAUUUGGCUUACUUCAGAACGGUGUGUUUAGCGCUCUUUUGAUUUCAUUUACAGUGGCUAUUGGGGUCUGGCUUCCAUAUUUGUGGGGAAAGAUCGCACUCGUCCUCCUCGCAAACCCCAUUCAACUCAUCUUCGGCGUCCCUGUGACUGCGGUAUCGGUUAUCGCAGAUGUCACACUAGACACUCUUAUUGGCAGUCUGGGCUAUCUCAUGUAUGCGGUCAGCCUUGUCUGCAAAGUGCUACUUGGCCCCUUGAGUUCCUUCGUUCCUCUAGGCGAUUGGAUUCCCCAAACGAAGUCCAUCACGAGCGCAUCGUUGUCGCUUAUCGAUGCCAGCAGUCACCGGUUGAAGAACGUGGUCAGCGCGUUCUUUGUUUUCCACGAAUCUGACGUCCCAGUGUUCUCUGUUCUGUCUCAUCAGGCGCUCAGGAUCCAUCAAGCGCGCAUCUCUGGUCUUUGUCAGUCGAUUGUUACUUUCGUCAAAUUCAUAAUACACGAUUUGCCCAUCCAAAUCACGACAAAUGGACUCCUAGGCGCUUUAUCCUUCGAUCGCCAAAGCAUCGACUUGAGCAGUCUUUUCGCCCAGGCUCGACAGCAGGUGUACAGCUUUGCUGACCGCACUUUCUUUCCAGGGAAAGGCGCGAAGUGGUUCGAUGCCACUGUGACAGGGGCGACUUCCACCGGUUUGGCUAUUGAUCCCGAAUUGGCCGUUUGGGAUACUAAAGACCGUAUUAUUGCCAUUGUCAUGGGUUACGUGCUUGCAUCGAUCUUGGGACUCCUCUACCUUCGUAUUACUAGCCUGUUCACAGGGGCAAGUCGUGGACAGAGGGUCGAGGGCCUCGUCGCUGACGUUCUUCACCAAGCUGGUGGAGUAAUGAAAGUCAUUUUGAUCAUUGGGAUUGAAAUGAUUGUUUUUCCACUGUACUGUGGUACCCUGCUUGACGUCGCCCUGCUACCUCUCUUUGAGAACGCUACGAUCGCCUCCCGGCUCGAAUUUACCUCCUCUUCUCCACUCACAUCACUCUUUGUGCACUGGUUCAUAGGCACUUGUUAUAUGUUCCAUUUUGCUCUAUUUGUUUCGAUGUGUCGAAAAAUCAUGAGGAGUGGCGUCCUUUACUUCAUUCGCGACCCCGAUGACCCGACUUUCCAUCCGGUGCGAGAUGUGCUUGAACGCAACAUCACCACUCAACUGCGCAAGAUAGCCUUCAGUGCUCUCGUAUACGGGGCUCUGGUCAUCGUCUGCCUCGGCGGUGUUGUCUGGGGCCUAUACUAUGCCUUUGAUGGGGUGCUGCCUGUUCGGUGGUCUGCCACAAUUCCUGUGCUCGAAUUCCCCGCUGAUUUGUUGUUCUACAACUUUGCUAUGCCCCUUGCCAUACGGUCUAUCAAGCCCUCUGACGGCUUACACAAGCUUUAUAACUGGUGGUUUCAUAAAUGCGCGCGGUUCUUACGACUUAGCAGCUUUUUCUUUGGUGAAAGGCACACCGAUGAAGAAGGUUAUCAUGUGAGACGGACUUGGUUUGAUCUCCUUUUGGGAAAGAAAGGCGACACCGAACAGCCCAUCGUCGGUGAAACUGAGCGUCGCAUCGCCGACGAAAAGCAGCUUGGUGCUUACUUCGUCCGGGACGGCAAAUUUGUACGGGCUCCAGCUUCCGAUCAAGUGCGUAUUCCAAAGGGCGACCCAGUGUUCUUGGAGAUCACCGAGAACAACGAGCGGGUUGAUGGCGCUCCGGAUCCCGACGACGGUCUACAUGGUCGUACCAACGACAUGUUCACUAAUGUCUACAUCCCACCCUCCUUCAGGGCCAGAAUCGCGGCGUUCAUCUUCCUGAUCUGGGUCUUUGCCGCUGCUACCGGAGUAGGCACCACAAUUAUUCCCCUAGUUAUUGGCCGAAAGAUGAUGUUGGCAUGCUUCCCUGAUCGACCGCUGAAUGAUAUGUAUGCGUUCUCUUUGGGCAUCUGCAUUUUCGGAAGUGUUGCCUAUCUCAUGUUCUAUUGCCGGACGUUUUUGGCUACGAUCCAGGAUCGUCUUCGCCCUUACCUUCGUUCGCCACGACAGGCUUUGCUCGGAUUCGGAAAUGUCGCACUAAGCGGUCUGCGACUAGCUUACGUAGUGCUCGCAUUCUCGGUUCUACUGCCGUCCUUGUUCGCUCUAGUCAUGGAGCUUUACGUGAUUGUUCCGGUGCAUACGUACCUGGGUGGGACACGGGGGCACGUUAUUCACUUUGUGCAAGACUGGACGCUUGGGGUGCUGUAUGUGCAAAUGGCUGUCAAGUUUGCUCUAUGGCAUUCUACUUCGCGACCUGCAGCGGCUCUCAACGGUGUCUUCCGGGACGGCUGGCUGAACCCAAAUGUCCGUCUUGCCACCCGAGCAAUAGUGCUUCCUGUCACGAUUUUGGCGGCGCUUGCAGUGGCUGUCCCACUUUCUUUCGGGUUCGCCCUGAACUCGACUGUCUUCCAUGCCACCCCAGAUAUUCAAGCAAAGGUCUAUCGCUAUGCAUUCCCUGCCACUCUGCUUCUUAGCUUUUUGGCAUGGCUUGUUUAUAUGGCCCGUCGACAGGUGGAUAUCUGGAGAGUCAACAUCCGUGAUGAUGUCUAUCUGAUUGGGGAGCGGCUGCACAAUUUCAGGGAGAAACGUGCAAGGGAUGUUGGUGUUUCUCGACGAGUGAUUACCGGGUAA